AGAUUUACAUUUAAAGAACGAAAGCUAACAAGAAAAGCAAAGAAAAACGAACGAAAUUCCAAUGUCAGUUUGAAAAUUUCAAUGCGGACAAUUUCUUCUUUAUAAUUGCAAUUUAGUUUUGAACGUUAUGAGCCAUGCAAUCAAACACACUUCAACCAAGAUAUCCAACCACAAACGGACCGAGUCUAAGCAUGGUGCCAACACUGUUCGGAGACCAAAACUACUACCGACAUGGAGCGUAUGCUGGUAUGCCUAUGGGUGGCAUGGCGAUGUAUGGUCACGAUCAAUACGGGACAAUGAGUCGAGGGCCUUCUAUAUACGCCAGCCCUUAUGCGCCGGCUCACCAUGGUGCCAAAGAUAUGGUGAAACCGCCCUAUAGUUAUAUAGCCCUAAUAGCUAUGGCCAUUAAAAGCCAACCCGAUAAGAAAAUAACGCUGAAUGGAAUUUACCAGUUUAUUAUGGAACGCUUCCCAUUCUACCGUGAAAACAAACAGGGCUGGCAGAACAGUAUUCGUCAUAAUUUGUCCCUCAAUGAAUGUUUUAUAAAAGUAGCACGGGAUGAUAAAAAGCCGGGCAAAGGGAGCUAUUGGACUCUCGACCCAGACAGUUAUAAUAUGUUUGAUAAUGGAAGCUACUUACGCAGGAGAAAACGAUUUAAAAAGAAAGACGCCAUCAAAGAACGCGAAGAACGUGAAAAGCAACUGGCCAUAGAACUGCAGAAGGAACGCGACAAAACUUCUUCUUCUUUGAUGAUCGGAAAUUCCGGUGUCGGUGCCGGUCCAGCUGGAGGCGUAACCAGUGUUGGUGUUACUGGGCACAGUGGUACCGGUGACGAUCCAUCGGAGGUCAACUGUGCCGAAUCUCAAAACUCGUCUUUGAACGAAAGUUCUUCCCCAGAUCAUCAUUCACAACCGCACCACGAUCAUCAUCCACAUGGCCAACACAACAGCAGCCACCAUCAUCACCACCACCAUCAUCACCAUAGCCAACAACAACAACAACAACAACAACAACAGCAACAGCACCAUCAACAACAGAACCAUCAUCAACAUCAUCAUCAUCACAGCGGUAACAGUAACAAUAGUAGUAGCAAUGGUAACAGCGGAAGUAAUAAUAACACCGGCAGUAGCAGUAGCAACAGUAACAACAAUAGUAGUAGUAGUAGUAGCAAACGUGUGGCAUCAAAUGAAAAUAACCACAGUGCAGGUAAUGAAGAUCGGAAGACAACACCGAACGCAUCACCUCCAGGUUCUGGAGGUGCGAGUUCUUUGGCAGGAAAUACUAACGUUAUAUGCAACGGUACGGUAACAGGCGGUGGCGCUGUUGAUGUAGCUUCUACCACGUCAAUGACUACGCCUAAAUUAGAACCUAUGGAUUCACCACGCAAUGAUUGUGGUUUGGUUGUGUCGUCGUCUCGCUUGCAUUCGAACCCCAACACUUUACCUAUCCCAACCGAUCCUAUCAAUAUGGAGAUCACAACGUCAAGCAGUUUCUCUGUAGAAAACCUAAUGACUGUUCCCCACACAACCUCUUGUGAUAUGUCCUCCGCUGCUGCAGUUGCUGCGGCUGCAGCAGCUGCUGCCGCCUCGUCCAAUUACGUCAACAGCCGACCUCCACCCUUGGUGUCCCCUCAGAUAUUACCGUAUGCAUCGUCACGGUCUUCAACGGGAUCCAGUUCAGCCACAGCGGCAGACAUUUACCGAAAUACCUCGUGUUCCCAAACGGCGGCAGCGGCGGCCGCAGCGGCAGCAGCAGCAGCAGCGGCGGCGGCUAACAGCGGUUACAAUUACCAUUGCAGUGGUCAGUCUGUGUUUUCACCCAACGGUGGUCAGUCAAUGAACAUUGCAACGGGACAAUCUGUAAGCGAUCACGAUUUGAUGAACCCGUCAAUCCCCCACACGUCGGCCCUCACACAAACUGCCAACGGGCUUACACACAGUAUGUUCUCCAAUACCCAAUCAUACGCCAGAGCGAAUUCGUGGUACGUACCCCCACCGUCUGAACUGAAUCACCACAGCUCGGAUUUUACGACGUCCCCCUUUGGAAACAUGAGAGACAUGUUCGAAUCACAACGCCUUCUAUCUGCCUCGCAGAGUCAGAACCAAUCUGCCACGGCAGCGAGCUGCCAGCUCGCAGCUGCAUUCCGAACCCCCUAUAAAACGCCGACACCCUAUACCUACGACUGCGGGGGAAAAUUUUAAAGGUAAAAAAAAUACACAAAAGAAAAAAAUACUUGGUUGCUUGUGUGAGUAAAUGAAUUUCAAGAUAUAUAUACAUAUAAAUAAUAUAUAUAUAUAUGUGUGUGUAUAUAUAUAUAUAUAUAUAUAUAUAUGUGUGUGUGUGUAUAAACGUAUGUAUAUAUGUAUAUAUAUAUAUAUAUAUUUAUAUAUGUGUAUAUAUAUAUAUAUAUAUAUAUAUAUAUAUAUGCGUAUAUGUAGAUAUAUGUAUAUGUAUAUAUGCAUACGUAUGUGUAUAUAUAUAUAAAUUUGCAUGUAUAUAUUUAUAUGUAUAUAUGUUUAUACGUGUGUAUAUAUACGUAUAUAUAUAUAUAUAUAUAUAUAUAUAUAUAUAUGAUAUAUACAAGUAUAUAUAUAUGUAUAUAUGUUUAUGUGUGUAUAUAUAUAUAUUUGCGUUUAUGUGUAUAUAUUUAUAUGUGUAUAUAUAUAUAUAUAUAUAUUUGUGUGGCUGUAUGUAUAUAAAUAUAUGUGCGUGCGUGUGUGUAUGUGUGUGUAAAAAAAAAUUUAAUAAUGUACAUUAGAGAGUUAGCUAGAAUGAAAAUAUGUAUGGAAAGGAUGUGAUUGAGAAAAAUAAAAAGAUGGUGGAACGUAAGUAAGAUUUAAAAAGAAAAAAGAAGUAAGUAAAAAAAAAAAACAGUUAAAAGACGAAGCGAGAUUUGAGCAUGAAAGACAGACAGCUAAAUACGACACACAAAAUGCAAGAGGAAAACAUUAAAAAUUUUAAAAAUUAAAGAUUAUAAGAACGAUAAACACUGGAUUAUAUUAUAGUAAAUAUAUAUAUAUAUGUAUAUAUGUAAUAUAUAUGUAUGUAUAUAUAUACGUACUAUAUAUAUAUACAUAUAUGUUCUAUAUAUGUACUAUGUAUAGAUAUGUACUACAUAUAUAUAUAUAGUAUAUAUAUAUGUUUUAAAGACACCAUAUUACGAAGGGAAAAACAAAACGAAACAACUAAAACAAAAAAAAGAAACAAAACAGAAACGGUUAUAUAUGCUCGUUUAUCAAGUUUCAUUGUCUUUGUUGGUUAAAAAAUUGAUAAAAACAUGAUAAACAAACAAACAAA